AUACUCAAGAAAACUCUGGGAAGCUGUGGGGUUGGUGGGUAAAUGCCCCACAGCUAACCAUCUAUCUCUAUUUAGGAAUUUUGUGUUCUGUUAGCCAUGACCCCCUUAAGCAGUUAGGCUUCAAGGUGGGUCCCCCUUCCUCAUCAAUGGACCACUGCCCUUGAUGUUACUGCCUCCUGACCAGUACACCUGAUGGGAUUUUCUGUACCAUGCUGUUGUGAUCAUCUUUGAGCUCCCAGUAGUGCUGGUUCCCUUCUCCCUGGUCAUGCUCACUGGUCUUCUCAACAGGGAUGCUCCAGCAUCCCACAGAGUGGGAUGGUCUCUGCUCACUCCCCAUGGAAAUAUUUGCUGAUAUAUCCACUCUGGCACAGGCAAUUCUCAGAGAUUUUUGAUCACCACUUUUCUACUACCUGAUUUCAGCUGCCUAGAUUAAGUUGGUCCUGUAAUGUGGGCAUGGUCAUCCUCUAACCAGUUCCAGGAAGCCAUCCCUAGAGCAUUGCCUUAUAUCCCGGGGAAUCUGCCAAUGGUUUGUUCUAAUGUCAUUCUAUCGCUGUGAUAAAACACUCUACCAAAGCAAUGAAAAGGAGACAGUGAUUUAUUUGACUUCUACUUGUAAGCCAUAGUCUGUCACUGAGCGAAGUCAGGGCAGGUACUCAGAGACAGGCAGAUUGCUAUUCCACACAGCAUCAUCUAUGACCAGGGAACUUUUUCACAGUUGGAGAGGAAUAGCAGGAACCAUGGAAGAUGCUGCUUGCUGUCUUGAUCACUAACUCCUGCACAGCUAGGUAUCUUAUCCAUUCAGAGACCACCUGCCCUGGGAAUGGUAAUGCCCUUAGUGCCUGGGAAUUCCUACCUCAUCAACAGUCAAAACAGUCCCUCCAUGGACACUUCCUUCUUAGGUGACUCUAGACUGUAUCAAACUCAGAGCGCGAACCAGCAAAGAUGUGCAAGUCUUUUCUCUUUUCCCUUCUUUCUGUUUCUUUUUUUUAAGGCCCCCCUUCCACAGGUGUCUCUUGUUCCACAGGCAGAGACUGUCUCUGAGCCCCUGCGCUGCAUCCCUAACCUCACUGCAUGUUUCCUUCACAGAUGCUGAUUCUCUUUGCUACAGCUUCACUGUGGGCAAGUCAGGGUCUGGACCAUGGUGGCACCAAGUCCAAGGCCAACUGAACACAGAAACUGUUAUUUACUGUGACAGUUCCAACACCUGUCAGGCCAAUGGCAUUCUGGGGAACAGAUUGAAGGCCACAAAGACCUGGGAAACACAGGCUGACACUCUGAGAGAUGGAGUUGACCUGUUCAAACAGCAAAUGGUUUACAUGAAGCAGGAGAACAAUACAAUCAGAGAGCCCCUCACUCUGCAGGCCAGGAUGUGUUGUGGGCAUGAAGUAGAUGGAGAGUUCAAUGGAUCCUGGGACUUUGACCUCAAUGGACACAAAAUGUUUCAUGUUGACUCAAUCACUGGAAAGUGGACUGAAGUUGAACCUGGAUCCAGAUGGAUGAAAGAGAUGUGGGAGAAUAACAGGGAUGUAACCAUCUUCUUAAAAAUGACCUCACGGGGGGACUGCAGGUCCUGGCUUGAGGAGAUCAAGCCACACUGGGAAGAAAAGCUGGAGCCUACAGCCUCGCCAAUUGCCCCAGAUGUGGACCAGGCUUCGUCCAUGGCCAUCAAGCCCAACAUCUCUGUCCUGCUGAUAAUCCUCCCCUGCUCUAUUCUUCUGUGGUUUCUGAGGAGAAUCUGUGAUCAUGAAGCAGGUUGAAGAUGCUGCAGAGAAGGUCGUGAGAGUUCAUCUGGUGCAGCCACUCUCCCUCUCAUCGGCCUCAACCAGAUGAAUCAUGGUGCUGCCGACACAGUAUUUCAUGAUCUUUCACUCUGUGCUGCUCACUUGGGUCUUUCUUAUCACCUUGUACUGUUUCCUUGGUGCUUCCUGGUGGGAUUUGCCCUUAACAUGGAAAUACUUGAACUAGAGAUCUGGAAAAGAACAUGGUUAUGUGCCCAUCCCUAGCAUAGGAAAAGGAUAACCAGAUCUCCGCAGUGGGAAUGUGAAGUGUUUACUCCUGUGUGUAUAACAUCAGAACAGAAGUCAGUGUGAGAGAGACUAGGAAGGCUCCACCUGUCUAAUGGUAUUCGACUGGGAGUUAAAUUCUAUGAAGAAUAUUAACUUUGUAAUAGAGAUUUAUUAUAUCACCCCUGUACUAGGCAGCCUUCUCUAGAACAAAAGAAUGUAUCUAUUAUUUGUUUGUGACCAUAUAUGAUAAAAAGGGAUUAUUUCAUAACAGAACAGGUGAUAUUUUAUAAUAUUAUUGCCAUUACAGGUUAGUUUCUGUGACAGGCACAUUGGAGACAGAGAUCCUGGAAGCUGCUCAAUCCCACAGGCUGGCUGCCCCUGCUGUGACAAUCUGGUAGUGAAAGCCAGAAUGUCCUGGAGAGCUGGUGCUACUGAGUCCACAUCCUCCUGAUGCAGGCUCUGGGUCAGGGCUGCUCUCCACUGUGUGCAGAGAAGCUGCUUCUGCACAUCCAGAACCUGUGAUGGGAGGAGAAUGAACUCCCACAUGUUUCCUCUGGCUCAACAUGGGCACUUUUGCACAAGUGCACUAGCACACACACACAGACACAGACACACACACACACACACACACACACACACACACACACACACAUGACACAUAUGCACAGUGAUAACAAAAAAUAAAAUAAGGACUCUAAGUAUGGAGAGUAUAAAAUGCAUAGUUCACUGUUGAAAACAAUUUUGUAGAAGCAGGGUCUCACUAUGUAGUUCAGGCUGGCCUGGAACUCAGAGAUUCACCUGCCUCUGCCUCCUCAGCAUCAGACCUAAAGGUAUGUGCCACCAUGCCUGACUGAUCCUUGCAUUUUUAGCUCUAAUAGUAUGUCAUUUAAAGUAUUAGAACCUUAAAAUUGACUAUUUCACUCACAUUAAUUUGUAAACUAUAGUGACAUUAAGUACAAUGGCAAUAUUCAAAUACCUCAGGUAUCACUAAAGGAAACCUGUAAUCACUAAUCAUUGGAAAUGGAAAUCGAGAACUAAUUGUUUAGUAGAAGUCUUUGGUAACUGUAACAGGCCCCAGACCUUAGCACAACUGACUCCAUGAUAGAACUGCCAUUGAGGCUGUAAAACUCAGCACAUAGACAGCACUACCUGCCCAAACUAAAACAAAGGCCUGAUCUAUUCAAGCCCAGAGUUAAGGGAAAGUCUCUGAAUGUACUAACCUUGCCUUUUGUCUUCUGUAGUUCCACUUCUGGCUAACUGUUCUUGUUAACUGACAUCGAUCCAGACAUUGUUUCUGUGCUUAAAAGCUCUACCUGAGAAAGGUUCAGUGCUACACUGGGAUCGCAAAUACCCAAUGUAGUUGUGACCAACUAAUAAAGUGUUUUUAUUGACUUAAA